AUGAACGAGUUCUCAAGGGAAUCUCCAGAGUAUGGGAUGGGGACGGUGUCACCGCUGCGGUUGUACGCCGGGAAAUUUUUGGCCGCAGUGAAUCUUGGGAUUUGGUCGUUUAAUCUGUUUGGUAUUCUGAUUCCGGUUAUCUUCCGAGAGCGUUCAAGAGGUAUUACAGUUCCAGCAAGGAGGUUUGAUUCCGGUUUAGAUCAAUCUUAUCUUUUUUUUUACCUUUCUUUUGUUUCAUCAGUCUGGUUCGGUUAUGGGAAAACUCGUGAUCUAGAUGUGAAUCAUCGGUUACGAUUGCAAUUGGUUGGUGUUCAUGGUUCAUGUUUUUUUUUUACUUAG